UCCAGACAGCCUUCCUGUUUUCUCUGAUCUCACUUCCUGUCAGGACAGACUGACCCUCGGUCCCACAUCCUCCACAUCCGGCCCUGCUCGGUUCAGCCUGUCAGGUCAGUGCGCAUGCGCAGAGCCGGGUGUCCGGUGUCAAACGGAGCAGCUGUUGGGUUCGUUCAGGGCAGAACCGAACCGGCACGUGCUGCACAGUCUGUUUAACGGAGCGGACCCGGUCCCAAAGCCGAAACAGAACCGGGAUCCAGCCGGUCCAGACACCCGAAGUCAGAUCCGGAACCAGCAGGAGAGCUAACGGAGCUAACGGAGCCGAACCGUCUGCUGACCGCCAGGCCGCGGUCCGGUCCCGUCCGGACCCGCUCCGCGUUUCAGACCCAGGUUCUGCUGCUGCUCGGACAGGUUCUGUCUGGGAGCCGGCUCGGCUGGAAGACCGGAACCGGACAUGCUGAUAGCGGCUGUCGGAAGCUCCGCCCCCACAGGCAAGAAACGGCGGCGAGGCAAGAAACACCGGAGAGUCCGAGCUGACCGGCCUGAAGAGGGCAGUGAUUUUCUAAAGACUGAUGGUACUCCCCUCCAAAUGCCAUUACAGAAUGACACUCAAAAAGACCAGCUCCCCCCAAAAGGUCCUACAAACGGCACCGAUGAGGAAGGUCCAGAGGCUCCAGAGCCUGGCACAUUUUCCCCCGAGAGAUCCAUCCAGACACCUUGCCUUCAAGGUCCCCAGCAGGCGCUGAUGUCCCGGAUUCCAAACCAGAUCACCCAGUCACCUGUUCCCCAGAGCCCCCACCACAUAAACCAAUCACCCCAUCCCCAGAGUCCCCAUCAGAGAGUCCAGUCACCACAUCCUGAAAGUCCCCACCAGAACACACAGUCACCUUUUCCCCAGAGUCCCCAUCAUUCACCUGGACCCCUGAACCUCAACACCCAGUCAAAGCGUUCCCAGUGUCUUCACCAUUUACCGCGUUCCCAGCCCUCACCAGACCACCCAGUCACCUGGUCCCCAGAGUCCCCAGCAUUCAGCACAGUCAGCAAGUUCCCACAGUCCAAACCGGAUUACUCAACCACUUCCUCCUCAGAGCGCCCAGCAGAUAAUCCAGGCACUGCAUCCCCAGAGCAUAAACCAGAGAGCAAUAUUCACUCCAGAACCUGUAGAAACUAUAAUGGCCCCUGAAGUUACUCUCAACAACUCCCAGUGUCCCAGCCAAUCAUCUUCUUCUGCAUUAGAAAGCUUUGGCCAAAGUCUCGGCAAGUCACCACCAGAUGUUAACGUUACCCAGAAUGCCUCAGCACAUGGUUUUACUGAGUUCUUCCAACCACCUCCAACCUCACCUCAAGGCGUUACCUCUGAGACUUCUGCAGUAUUUGCACAAAACCCUGUGAAAGCUCCGACUAGUAUGCUAAGCCCCACCCACUCCGACCCCUUCCUCCUGACCUCGAUGACCUUUACUUCCAGUGCCUCCUCCCAGCCUCUGUGCUCCUCCUCCUCUCUCCUGUGCUCUCUGGAUUCUCCAUUCAGCUUUCCUGCCACGACAUCAUCUGCCCCAUCUCAUCUGGCUAUGCCCCCGCCACAUCAGAGCCCGCCUCCUGUAGAGUUAACUCCUCCCCCAGCCCACUUGCUUGGGUCUGAUGAUGAAGAGCAGGAAGACCCUUCAGAUUAUUGUAAAGGUGGGUACUACCCUGUAAAGAUCGGAGACCUGUUCAACGGCCGCUACCAUGUGGUCAGGAAACUGGGCUGGGGACACUUUUCCACAGUGUGGCUCUGCUGGGACCUACAGAAGAAGCGCUUUGUGGCCAUGAAGGUGGUGAAGAGCGCUCCUCAUUACACCGAGACGGCUUUGGAUGAAAUCAAACUGCUGCGAUGUGUGAGGGACAGCGACCCAUCUGACUCGUACAGAGAAACCAUCGUCCAACUCAUUGAUGACUUCAAGAUCUCUGGAAUCAAUGGAGUUCAUGUCUGUAUGGUUCUGGAGGUUCUAGGUCAUCAGUUAUUAAAAUGGAUCAUUAAAUCAAACUAUAUGGGAAUUCCUCUGGUCUGUGUCAAGACUAUCAUCCGACAGGUGCUGCAGGGACUCGACUACCUUCACACCAAGUGUAAAAUUAUUCACACAGACAUCAAGCCGGAGAACAUCCUCCUGGUUGUUGACGACGUCUACGUCAGAAGAUUGGCGGCUGAGGCCACCAUCUGGCAGAGAGCUGGAGCCCCGCCCCCUUCAGGGUCAUCAGUUAGCACGGCUCCCAGGGAUGAAGAGAUGGGGAAGUUGUCAAAAAACAAGAAGAAAAAGUUGAAAAGGAAGGCAAAGCGUCAACAGAAGCUCCUGGACGAAAGGCUCAUGGAUAUACAGAGGAUGGAUGAGGAGGAAGGUCUACAGCAGCCUGACGAUGCCGACCCGACCUGGUCUGUGGUCGUCAACGGCAACACUUUCUGCUCCACAGCCAAUCACAAGCCAAGCCCAGAGUCCAGCAGCUCCUGGUUGGACGACAGGUUCAGUGACCCCGCCCCCGGACGCUUCUCCAGCCCCGCCUCCGGCCUAUCAGGGCUCUCCAGCUCGGUGAUGUCGGCGACCUCUGAGUCGGCGCUCUCCACCCAGUCGGGAUGCUCCAGCGGACGAGACGGAUUCAGUUCGUCGGACUUCGUCCUGAACCCUCUGGACCCGCAGAACGCCGACCGCCUCCGAGUGAAGAUCGCCGACCUGGGGAACGCCUGCUGGGUGCACAAACACUUCACCGAGGACAUCCAGACCAGGCAGUACCGGGCCCUGGAGGUUCUGAUCGGAGCGGAGUACGGGCCACCAGCAGACAUCUGGAGCACCGCCUGCAUGGCGUUCGAACUCGCAACCGGGGAUUACCUGUUCGAGCCGCAUUCAGGAGAAGAUUACACCAGAGACGAAGAUCAUAUCGCCCACAUCAUGGAGCUGCUGGGUCCGCUGCCGCUGCCCUUCGCCUUGUCUGGCAGGUAUUCCAGGGAAUACUUCACCAGGAGAGGUGAGUUGCGGCAUAUCUCCAACCUGAAGCCGUGGGGUCUGUUCGAGGUUCUGCUGGAGAAGUACGAGUGGCCGCUGGACCAGGCGGCGCAGUUCAGCGACUUCCUGCUCACCAUGCUGGAGAUGGAGCCGGAGCGCCGCGCCACGGCGGCGCAGUGCCUGCAGCACGCCUGGCUGCACACAUAACACACACCUGCACACACAGCUGUCUCACUGUGACUCGCUGACCCGUGUGGUUGGAGACGCCUCUGCUGAUUGGCCGACUGGUCAGUGGGUGGGCCGAUGAACGUUUAGCCCCGCCUCCCCUCUAAAGCUGACUGCCAGUCACACCUGAGGAAGCCUCACCUGUCUGAACUGAGCUGAGGUCCGGCUAGUCGAUGCUCAGACACGACCUUUGACCUGGCCAGGUGAAACCAUCCAGAUGUUUGGUCUCAGAUUGACAGCUGCUGAUCACCUGGACAGGUGAACGGUCAGAGCUGACUCCAGAAAUCACUUCAGUGCUGCUGUACCUCACUUCCUGUUAGACUUCCUGUCCACUUCCUGUUUUUCCACCUGACUUCCUGUCUUCCUUUCAUACUCAGUUUUGAUUUCUGAUCAGUUUUUUGAGUCGAUCUAAUUUAUGAAGCCAGCAGCUCAUCUGUUGCUUCAUCAUUGACCGAUCGAUUGACUAUUCUUCUGGCGAUCACCUGAUCGGCCGUCAGUCGAUCAACCUGUGUGAGUUUCUGGUGCUGAACUUCCACAGAUCAACUAAAAUCUGUUUUUCUCUCAUUUUCUUAAUUUUAAUUGUUUUUAUUGAUCUGUCACUUCCUGCUUAUUGAUUAUUGAUCAGUAGAUAACGAGCUUCCACCUGUUCACUUGUUCUGAUGACCUUAGUGCCUUGAAACAGCCCCGCCCCCUGCAGUGACAUCACUGAUGAUGUCAGGGGGGUUUUU